AGAAAGAGAGAGAGAGAUUCAGAGAGAGGUUACGUCAAUUGACAAAAAUAUUUUUGUGUUUAUUUUCAUGUGUCACAUACUUGAUAAUAAUGUUUAGAAAAAAUUAAUCUCAACACUGUUUAAAUAUAAUAAAAAUGUGGACAAUUAAAUCACCAUCAUUGAGAGUUGACGAGGCUGAUUUAAAAUGUAAAAAUGGAUGUGGAUUUUAUGGUAAUGAACAAUGGGAAGGAUAUUGCAGUAAAUGUUAUCGUGAACAUGUACAAAAAACAAGAGCAUCAAAAGAACGACAUAAUCGUGUAAAGAACAGUCAUCAUCAACAUCAUCAUCAUCAUGAAAAUGAAGGUACAUCAAGACAAAAUCAGACAUCAAAUUCACCACGUACUGAUGAAAAAAAUCGUCAUCAUAAUGAAAAAAAAACAAAACUUCUAAGUAUACCAUCAUUUUUAAAACAAUCAAUGAAAAAUCAAGGUAAUGAUGAGCUGUUGAAAGAAUUAACACAUAAUAAUGAAGAUCUUGAUAAAGUAAAAUAUGAUAAUCGUGAUUUAUUAUUAAAAUUAACAAAACAAACUGAUAAAGAUAUUAAAAAAUGUAUACAUUCAUUAGUUAGUAAUAUAUUACAAAAUCGAAAUGUCAAAAAAAUUGAUGAAUUAUCAGAAAUAACACAAAAUUUCUAUCAAAUAUUUUCGAAACGUAUGGAUAAUAGUGAUAAUUAUAAUAACAUACAACAAGAUAUUAAAGAAAAAUUAUUAGAUUAUGUUGAACGUUAUACAAUGACAUUAUUAUAUAGUUUAUUAUUUUGUCCACAAUCAACAAAUGAUGAAGAAAAAGAUUUAAUAAUACAAAAUAGAAUACGUCAAUUAAAUUGGGUAACAUGUCAUAAUCUUGAAUGUAAAAUAUCAGAAAAAAGUUCAGAUGUACGUGAACUUGUUUAUACAUCAAUAACUGAUUUAUUAAAUAUGGAUUCAGUUAAAGCACCACAAGAAAAACUAUUAUCAAUUAUAAAUUGUUGUAAUAAUAUAUUUAAAUUAUUACAGCUAUCAGUUGGUGGACCAGCAUCUGCUGAUGAAUUUUUACCAGCAUUAAUAUUUAUUGUACUAAAAGCAAAUCCAUCAAGAUUAAAAAGUAAUAUUAAUUAUAUAACAAGAUUUUGUAAUUCAAGUAAACUAAUGACUGGUGAAGGUGGUUAUUAUUUUACAAAUUUAUGUUGUGCUGUAUCAUUUAUUGAAAAUUUAACAGCUGAAUCAUUAAAUAUGUCUGAUAAAGAAUUUAAUUUAUACAUGUCUGGUAAAUGUUUACCAGCAAAUACAUGGAAUUCAGCAUUAACAAUAUGUGAAAAUUUACAUUUUAUUUGUGAUGAUAAUAUAUUAUUAGAUGAAUUAAAAGAUAAAAAUAAUUAUGUUAUUGAAGAAUGUUUAUUGCUUAAAAAUAGUAUUAAAGAAUUUCAAGAUAAUGUUAAAGAACAAGUUGAAAAUACUAUUGAUAAAUUUCCAUUGAUAAUAACUAAAAGUCAAAGAGUACCAACUAAUUUUGAUUGUGAUGAUGUUGAAAUUUAUAAAUUACCACCACCAAUUAUACCACAGGUUUAUUCAGGCAAAUUGGACAAUGAUGAUAAUGAUGUUAAAAAUAAUUUAAUUGAUGAAUCUGUAACACCAUCACCGACAUUUGAUUUUCCAUCAUUUAUGGAUUGUUCAUUGGACAAAAAUAAACAAGAUGAUAAUACAAGUUUAAUUAGUCUUGAUGCACAAUGUGAUUAUUCAAGUGGUGAUAAUGAUAAUAACAUUUUUCAAGGUGGAUCAACAGCUCAACAAAUUGAUAGUAAUGAUUAUCAUGGUUUUACAUUACAAGGCUCAACUAUUCCAACAAUACCAUGUAAUACUGGUGAUUUAUCAAGUGAUCAUGAAGCUGAUAAUUAUUCAUCAUAUUUUCAUAAUAUUUAAAUAUAAUUAUUACAUUUUCUUUUUUGUUAAUUUUCAACAACAAAAAACAAAAAUAUCAAAGCUCUUUUUAAGUUAUUUAUUUAGCUAAUUAUUAUAGAGAUAUAUUUGCUAAUUAAAAUUAAUUAAUUAGUUUUAAUUUUUAAAUAAUAUAAUUCCAAUUUUGUUUUAGUUUUUAAUUGAGAAAAAUAUUAUUAAACUUUGUUGUCUUGUAAUUAUCAAACAAUAUUAUGUAAUAUUUUUUUUUUU